CAAUGAAUUGACUUACUGAUUCUGUUGAAGAUGGAUUUUAAUCAGGAUCACUUUCCGAACGUUGCCAGAAUUUAUGUGUAACUUUUAUCCAAACACUGGCAGUACCUGUUCUACGAACGACCCUGGGAAGGCAUCAAACCAUUGCUUGUAUAACCAGUUGCUGCCACAUUCUAUAGAUGGAUUCUCUCCCAAUGCGAUCGUAUGGUGGAAGGCGGAAACUUUACUACCAUAUCCAGGUUUCUGAUAUCAGCGUUUCCAUAGAACCAGACGAUCCAGAAUUCCCGCCUGGGCCUUAUAAAUGCUACGUGGAGGUCGGCGUCGACACUGUUCGCAAGCGAACCCAAGUCUCCACCCCCGGAAAGUACGCCUGGAAUGAGUCAUUUGAAUUCUUAGUGAGGGAGGAUUGGUCUAUAUGCAUUAACGUGAUAGCAAAACAUACAUUGUUAUCGUGCGGCAUGCUGAGUUGGCUGUGCAAGGACGUGCCGAUUGCAUCAUCUCGUGACCAUGUGCAGUUACCUACAUCAACAGAAACAAAAGUCGUCUCACAAAAUUUGAGACAUGUGCACGUACGAGGGCGGGAUGGAGAACCUUCCACAUACCAGGCUAGCGUGUCAUUGAAACUUCAGUUGGUAAACCCAGAUCCCAUCACUGACCCAUCAUCUUCGGUUCAUCCCGAAGAGUCAUUUAUCGAGGACGUCGGUGAGCUCAUUGCAGCACCAAAUCUCUCCAAUACAGAGCUUGGAGCAUUCAGCGAGGUCUGAUCUUCUGUCUUCUUAACGAACAUGUAUGUUAAAUAUGCCCAAGGUGCUUCGACGUCCCACCCUCGGUUUUGGCUGCUAUUCUUUUUCAGAUUGGUCAUCUUUUGUAGUCUCGCUUCACAGUUGUGAAGAUGAUAGCCUUUCCUCCCCCAACUCCCCACACGCCGAUCACGAUGAAGUAUUAGUGUCUCCUAUUUCCGAUUUGCCUCAAGGCGAUCGUUUUCCUCCGAGCCCUAGAGAGCUGGAUGACGCGGAACAAACUUCUGUCUUAGAAGCGACUCUUACAGAUCACACACAGAAGGGCGAUGUCAACGGCGA